AUGGUGACCAGUGAGCCGGUGCAUUUCUUCGAUAUUACUUCCAAACUGCCAGGCCCAUCAAAAUCAUGGUCACCAAACACCCUCAAAACCCGCCUGGUGCUCAACUACAAGGGCAUCCCGUACACGCAGUCGUUCAUCUCCUACCCGGACAUCGCGCCGCUGCUGAAGAGCCUCGCGGUGCCGCCGCUGCCCGAUGCGGAGAAAAUGCCCUACACGCUGCCGGCGAUCGUGCACAAGCCCUCUGUCAAGAACAACCCGCAUGGCGCCAUGAACGACUCGUUGCCCAUCGCGCUGCAUCUGGAUGAGGCGUUCCCCGCGCCGCAGUACCCGCCGCUCUUCCCCUCCGGUGACGCGAGCUAUGCCCUGGCCCUGGCGGUGGCGAAGAUCCUCGGCAACGCGGCCGUCAAGGGCUUCCCGCUCGUUCUGGCCAAUAUUGCCGAUAUCCUCGAUGACAGGGGCAGCAAAUACUUCCACGAGACGCGCGAGAAGAUCUUUGGCAAGCCGCUGGCGGAGCUGCGGCCGCAGACCGACGAAGGCGUGCAGGCCCUCUGGGACGACAUGCAGAAGGAACUGAGCGUGCUGGCAGGGAUGCUGACGGGGAAGAAGGGCAAGGAGGGCCCGUUCCUGGAGGGCGCGAGGCCAGGGUAUGCGGAUCUCGAGAUCGCGGCCUGGCUGGCCUGGUGGGAGCGGGUCGACAAGGGGACGUGGGAGAAGAUGAUGGGUCUGGGCGAUGGCGCGUUCAGAAGGCUGUGGGACGCGUCUUUGCCUUGGGUGAAUGGCCAGGGUGAGGAGAAGGAGUGGCCGGUGCCGCAGUAA